GUGAAGGAGGCAGCAAUCAGUAACGGUCGAGUCCUGUCAGGAGAACGCCACGCCGACGGCACGUUUUGGUCUACGGUUAAGUUCACCUCAUAGAAAUUGGACUUAAUUCAUAUUUUUGAAAUGGCUGAAGACUCUUGGGCAUUACAGGUCGACGUUCAGGAGGCCACAACUCCUUCGUCUCAGUUUCAGCUGUCUAAGAAGAUCGACAGAGCGCGUGUUUCAUUAACCUUGAAGGAAGACGUAAAUGCCAACAAGACCCAGGAUGAAGAAAAUGGAGCGUCUGGCGACAACGUUGACCUGGCAGAGCAGUCUCUGCUUAACAAACUCAUCUGCCACUCUCUGGUGAAAAACAGGAACCAAGUGGAGGUCCUGCAGGCGGACCCCAGCUCCCCCCUGUUCUCAGUGAAGACUUUCCAGGAGCUCAGACUGAAACCUGAACUGCUGCAGGGCGUCUUCGCCAUGGGAUUCAACAGACCCUCCAGGAUCCAGGAGAACGCUUUGCCUAUGAUGCUGGCAGAACCACGUCAGAAUCUGAUCGCUCAGUCACAGUCUGGCACUGGCAAAACCGCAGCUUUCUCUCUGGCCAUGCUCAGUCAUGUGAACCCCGACAAUAAGUGGACUCAGUGCCUUUGUGUUGCGCCGACUUACGAGCUCGCCUUGCAGAUUGGCCAAGUGAUCGAGCAAAUGGGCAAAUUCUGUCCAAAUGUGAGUCUGGCCUACGCCAUCCGGGGGAACGCAAUGGCGCGAGGCGUCAAGUUGAAGGAGCAGAUUGUCAUUGGGACACCAGGCACAAUCCUUGACUGGUGCACCAAGUACAAGCUCAUUGACCCCAAGAAGAUCACGAUGUUUGUGCUGGACGAAGCCGACGUGAUGAUCGCCAUGCAGGGCCAUCGGGACCAGAGCAUCCGUAUCCACAGGCUGCUCAGUAAAAGCUGUCAGAUGCUGCUCUUCUCCGCGACCUUUGAGGACUCUGUGAUGAAUUUUGCUGAGCGAGUGAUCGCAGAGCCGAAUAUCAUCCGACUCAAACGAGAGGAGGAGACGCUGGACACCAUCAAACAGUUCUACGUGCUUUGUAGGGAUAAGGAGGACAAGUUCACAGCGCUCUGCAAUCUGUACGGCUGCCUGACUAUUGCACAGGCAAUGAUCUUCUGUCAUACUCGGAAGAUGGCGUCGUGGCUGGCCUCAAGUCUGAUUAAAGAGGGCCACCAGGUGGCGCUGCUAAGCGGUGAAAUGACAGUGGAGCAGAGAGCUGCUGUCAUCAAACGCUUCAGAAACGGCAACGAGAAAGUGCUUGUGACCACCAAUGUGUGUUCCAGAGGUAUUGACGUGGAGCAGGUGUCUCUUGUGGUCAAUUUUGACCUCCCGGUGGACAUGGAGAAGAACGCCGACAACGAAACAUACCUGCACAGGAUCGGCCGCACGGGACGCUUCGGCCGCAGAGGGUUUGCCGUCAACAUGGUGGACAGCGAGCGCAGCAUGGACAUUAUAAAGCAAAUAGAAAUGCAUUUCAAAGAAUCAGCAAACUUGAUACCAGCAAUCUUGAGGAGAUGGAGAAGAUGGCGAUGUAGUUUCCUGCUGCUUUCACCACAAUCGGUGCUGUUGAAGGUUUUCACCAGGCCUGCUUGUUUUGUUUUACGACGGCGUCGAAUGCUGCCCAGACUUUGUUUCUGGUACUAAGUUUAGUUCACAUUCUUUUUUUUUACUGCUUUUCAUAACGGAGUUUGUUAUAUUUGAGACUGUACAGUAACCACUGGCUGUUUAAAGGUGCAUGUUGAUGUCUGCGGUGUUAUCUGAAGUAAAAUAUCGGUGUUGUUUUCGUGUGCCGUGUGUCCAAUGUAUAUAGUUUUGCAUGACGUGUUUGGGGU